GCGUGAAACGCAAAACGAAAACCAACGGGUAGUGUAGCAUUCGAGUCGUGUAAGAAAAACAGGAAAAAGCUAUCUUCGUUGUAAUCGGAAGUCUUUCUUGUGUAUGGCAAACAUAAAACAAAACUGUUCUGUACCUCUGGAACGGAAAUCAGCAUUACUGGAGUUUUAUGCCUUUGAAAUUAAUAAGCGAUUUCGGGUGAAAAGAUUGUCUCAAAAGACUCAAAAGUGAAAGCAAUCGGUUUUCCUGGCGGCUGCAGUUUUCCAGUCAGGAAAACAGUGACUUCGUUCCGUCCGUGAUAGUUCUUGCUUCGGCAAGAAGUAAGCUAGAAAUAUUCGGUGAAUGCUAAUAUAAAGUGGACACAGCAAGUUUAAGAAGAUAGGUUUGGUUUAUUUUAUUUUUUUCUCACUAAAGUGUAAGGUGCAAAACAGUGUUUCGCAAUUUGAGUGCCCACACGCAUAUACAAAGCCACACAGCACACAGAACGGGAAACGGGUUUCUGUUUUCGACACACACAGGUGAUACGAAGUUACUUCCUGGAGAAACGGUACGAACGUUUAGGGGUGUUCCUCAGAACGAGAUUCCGUCCCUAUGGCUGUGGUAGGCCAACUAGGGGUCUAUUCGAAAGUUUUGCAGUGGCUUUGGAACACUAGAAAAAACAACUGAGAGAACUGGUUAUCGAGAAGAACAGAUUCGGCAUCGGCAUCUAAUUUGGUUUGCUACACAACCGGAACGGUUUCGAAACCAUGGCCAAGGAGUAUGACUAUCUGCUGAAGGUGCUUCUGGUUGGAGAUAGUGACGUGGGCAAACAGGAGAUCCUUUCCGGUCUGGACGACGGUUCGUCCGAGAGUCCUUUCUGCAGUGGAAGUACCGCUUACAAAACCACAACUAUCCUGCUGGACGGCAAGCGUGUCAAGUUGCAGGUGUGGGACACCUCCGGCCAGGGUCGCUUCUGCACCAUCAUUCGAUCCUAUUCCCGGGGAGCGCAGGGCAUAAUCCUGGUGUACGACAUAACCAACAAGUGGAGCUUCGACGGGCUGAGCCGUUGGCUGAAGGAGGUGGAAGAGCACGCCCCUGGCGUCCCAAAAGUUCUGGUCGGCAACCGGUUGCACUUGGCGUUCAAACGACAGGUGGCGGCGAAACAGGCCGAACUGUACGCCUCCCGUAACAAGAUGGCCUGCUUUGAGAUUUCCCCCUUGUGUGAUUUCAACAUUCGCGAAUCGUUCUGCGAGUUGGCCCGAAUGGCGUUACAUCGCAACGGAAUGGAGCGAAUCUGGCGCUCGAAUAAAGUGCUCUCGCUGCAGGAACUCUGCUGUCGGACGAUCGUUCGUCGAACAAGUGUGUACGCUAUCGACACCCUUCCACUGCCGCCGUCGGUAAAGUCGUACCUGAAAUCGUACGCCAUGACAUCGUCGCAGUGCCUGAACACGGUGCUGCAUCACAACACUAUACCGGCGUCGAACGCAAAGAACCUCAAGUGCAAAACUCCCACCGGCCAUCUGAAGCUGCACAGGAGCAGCGCCAUCAGCAGCGUUAGCGGCAGCAUGCGGAACAGCUGCGUGAUUUCCUGAUUGGCAUCGAUGAUGGCGUCGCUCAGGCGGAUUUUUAUUCCCCGCCAGCGGCGGCGAUCUCGUUCGGGUGGCGGCAGUGGUGGUACGGCCAGUGGUAGCAGUAGACGUAGCAGCCAGAGCACAACUGCCUUCAUCGGGACUGGUAGUGUUGGCGGAGGUAAGAGUGGUUGUUGUUUUUAAGGUUAAUUUUUUAAUGUUAUAUACUCAUUGGUUGCUUCCUAAGUUUCACGAUCUGUAUAGAAAGUGUUAAAAUUUUGAUGUCAAAAGAAGGUUUAUUUUCUAUGGUUUUUAUUUUAUUUUGUUUUUAAUAUUUUUGUGUUUCCUUUGCUUAUGUUUGUAGGUUGGUUACUUUUUGGAGUGUUAAAUUGUGAAGUGCUAGUCUUUAGAAAUCAUUGUUAUUCAAUGCCAUAGGGAGCUACGAUAAUUAAUUCAGUGCAUGCACAAUUUUUCGUUGCAAAUAUCCUGAGGUCAUGAUUGUUUGUACUCAAUUCAACUCCAAAAAAGAACCGAUAUGGGUAUCUUUUUUUAGCUCUUCCUUGCUUUAUCGUAUGUUUUAGUUGUACAGAAUUAAAUGCAGCAAAACGACUAACAGGUUCGAUUAAGAAGGAAAUCGCCAGUGACAGUCGGUACCCAAAAGCAUUUUAGUAGUAAGAGAAU